GCGUUUCAUUUCGCGAAGGCUGCGCGCGCGGAUUACGGUUAAUUUUCAGUUGGUUUACAAACUUUACAAACGGCGUACGCUUAUCGCGAUCGCUUUUAAUCAACAAACCACAAUAGUUGCCUAAAUAACGGGUAUGACACAGGAAAAGUGCUGCCGGUCUCCAAUUAGCUAAUUGAAUGAGAAAGUGCAAGUGACCGAACUGCAACGGUUAAAAAAACGGUUGUUUUUUUUCAUAAGCCAAACUAAUGAAUUGUUUCAUAAACUGUUUUUAUUUGAAUAUUUGUUAACUCGCGUUUAAUUUAAUGUAAUUGUGCGCGUCUCCCUACUUUUAGUUAAUAUUUUAUUACAAUCGGCAUGAUAAUAAGUCUACGAAAUUCGUUCUUUUUUUUUUGUUUUUGUUGAGAGUGCAAGAUCGUGCGCGUGUGUGUGUUUAUGUGUUUGUGAGGAAGUUAUAGUUUAAUGUUGGUUAGCUUCAAUUGUCGAGCAACACAGAAAAAUGAAAUAAAUAAAUAAAACAGCGGCAGCAGCAGCAGCAACAAUACCAAAAACAACAAAGUGAUGCUGAUUGAUGUCACACACACCACGGAACAAAAAAAAUAAAUAAAAAAAUAAAUUAUCACCUUGAAGGGGUUUAUCAAUUUCGCCAGUUCAUAAAGAUGUUAUCUUGGAAAACCGUUUAGAGGUUUAGAGGCGCGCCCGUGAAAUUGUCGGUACUGCAGAUUUGCCAGCGCUCACAAACGGAAACGGAAGUGACGCCCGAAAGGAAAAGGGGCAGAGGAAUAGGAAGAGGAGAAGAAGCGCAGGACGACAGGACAAACGGCUGAAUAAUGCAAAUUAAAACACAAUAAAAUGUAAAACACAAAUGACAACGGAGAACACGAGCUGCAAAAGGCUAAAGGAGCUCUACAAAAAAAAAUAGCAAAAGGCGAAUCGGUUGACAUGCCAAAAAAAAUGCGAGUGGCGGCAACUUUUCCACUGAAUUGAUUUGAUUUUCAGUCAGGAGUACAGCCGGAAUACGGAGCGUAUGCGCGAUACGUAUACGCGAUAUAUAGGGCGCCGGGGGAGCGGCGGAAAUUUGCAUAACUUUGCUGGCGUGGCAUAAACAUCAAAAAACAAAUUGCAAGUAACAAAGGAAAGCAAUGGUCAUAAAAACGGCGCCAGCCUCGUAAAAAAGCGUACAAAAAAAUUCUCGCAAUACCCCCGUUCUUUAAGUGAAAAUUAAUUUAUGCAGCAAAUCAAAAACGAAUAGGGAAGAAAUAUAAAAGUAAUCGCAGGCCGUAACAAUUAAGACAGCCGGGUUUAGAAAAGAAAAGUCGGGAAAACGCUGGAAAAAGCUAAAAGAAGCUGGAAAAAGCCUGAGGGGAAAACGCUGGAAAAUCAAGUGCAGCAGCAGCCGAAAAAAAGGAAACACAGAGUCGAAGAAACCGGUUAGCAAGGGUUGCUUAUAAAUGUACCAGGACAGCGGCUGCAGCAGCAGUAGCAGUCGACGCGGCAGCAGCAGUGCAGCAGCAGCAACAUCUACAGCAGCAACUGCAGCAGAAACUGCAGCAGCAACCGCAGCAGCAACAGCAGCAGCAGCAGCAACAGCAACAACCAGCAGCAGCGACGAGGAAACACUCGAAACUCUGACGAUUAUAACAACCACCAUCACCGAUAGCGAUAUCCAUGCGACCACAACAACAACGACGGUUAUAGCCAGCGGUACGGCGACAACAGCGGCAGCGACAACAGCAACACUUGCCACACUUGCAACACUCGCCAGCAACAACAGCGACAUCGAGGACAGCAGUCCGGUGGAGAGCGAGGAUAGCGAGGAGUGUGAGUAUAUCGAGAUCGAUUGCCAGACGACCGCCCAGGAAGGCACUUCGCCAAGUGGCGGCAGCAGCAGCAGCGGCAAUGCGGCCUUGCUGCAACGCAGCUGCAACAAUCUCCAGCAGCAGCAGCAGCAGCAGCAGCAACAACAUUUGCAACUGCAGCUGCAACAGGCGGACGAGCGAUUGUUGCGCAAAAUCGGCUAUAUUGCAUCACGAGUGCGCUGCCUGGCCAAAUACUACGGCGAUUUCCGGCUGGUGAAUCCGUACAGUGCCCGCCGACAGAGGCGCCAACUGCAGGAGAUCCUGCUGCGGCACUCGAUCUUCGAUCCUGGCAAGGAGCACCAGCGGGCGAUUGUCUUGGCCGCGGCAACAGCGGCAAUUGCCGGUCCUCUGGCGGCCAUCGAUUGCGUCUGCGGCAGCAGCAGCAUCAGCUUAGAGGCGGUCAGCAGCAGGAGUCGCAGCAGUGAGCUGGAGGACGAUCAUCACGAUCAUCACGAGCAUCACGAGCAUCCGGAUCAGGGGGAUCAGGGGGAUCAUCACGAGGAGGAGCACGAAGAGGAGCAAGAGCACCCAAGUGAAAAGCCAGAGAGAAGCGACAUUGAGGAGGAGCCACCGCCGGCGAUUGCAGUGACCACCACCACAACGGCCACCGUGCGCCGGAAGUCCUCGAGCAGUUCCACCAUCAGCGGCACGGCCACCGUUUCCGGUUCCGUUUCGGUUUCGGCAUCCGCCUCGCAAUCCUUUUGCUCCAACAACAUCAAUCUGCUCGAGGAGCUGCUCAUUCAGUUCUACGAGGAGCAGGAUCAUCGCAGCAACCUAACGGUGAUCCGGCAUCAUCAUCAUCAGCAGCACCAGCAGCAGCAGCAGCAGCAGCAAAGGAUCACCAACAAUAAUAACAACAAUAACAAUUGCAACAGCAUACAGAACAACAACAAUAUGUCGAAUCCUGCAGCAACCACAGCGGUUGCGGCAGCCACAACAACGCCAUCAACAGAACAACCGGCGACCUCGAGCACCACCACCAACACCACCCACUUGCAGCCCACCUCCCUGCCCGAUGGCAGCGAUAAUCCGCGACGCCGCCGUGCCAGCGAUUGCUCAGCGGUCCAGGCCGCUCUCCAGAAUCAGCUGCACUGCAUCACGCUGAAGAACAACAAUUGCGGCAAGGCGCUGCCCUUCCAUCGCGGCAGUUGCGGCGCCGCCGGUGAGCACCUGUUGGCCGCCAAUUCGAUAGCAAAUCGUGCCACCAUUAUUCUCAGCAAAUCCUGUAGCAAUGUGGAUGGUGAUGCCACUGCCACAGCGGGCACGGCACUAAGUUCAACGGUUGGCGGUGGAAUUGGUGGCAUUGGUGGCAGCAUCAAAAUGCGGGCCAGUGCCACAGAUAUUGAGACGAAUGCAUUGAACGGUGCCCGAGAUGCCAUCGUGGCAUCGAAUAACGUUAACAACGGCAAUAACGGGAACAACGAGUACAGCAUCCUGCAGCUGAACAACACGAUCAUCCAGUGCCACUUCAACGACGAUGACUUUCGCGCUUUGGUCAAGGACCUCAAGCGCAAGGUCGAGUACACGGAGCGCAUGAAUUGGCUAUGUCUCUCCAAACGACCGCUGGGCCCGCCGCAUCGUAAAAGCAGUCUACCAAAGCAUCAGGAGGUGAAGCGCCGCUUUCUGGAAAUUUGUGAUACGACCUUCUCGGAGGAGGUGAGGGCCGCCCUCCGCCUGCCGGCCUUCGAUUCCUACGAGUGGAGCGAUGCCGAUGUCAUCCAUCUCAUGCAGACCAUGUUCGUGGAGCUGGGCUUCAUCGAGAAGUUCAGCAUUCCGGUGGACACGCUGCGCGAGUGGCUCUACGAGGUCUACAAGCACUACAACGAGGUGCCCUUCCACAACUUUCGGCACUGCUUCUGCGUUGCCCAAAUGAUGUAUGCCAUAACGCGCCAGGCGAAUUUGCUGAGUCGCCUGGGCGAUCUAGAGUGUCUGAUCCUUUUGGUGUCCUGCAUCUGCCACGACCUCGACCAUCCUGGCUACAAUAAUAUCUACCAGAUCAAUGCCCGCACCGAGCUGGCUCUCAGAUACAAUGACAUCUCACCGCUGGAGAACCACCAUUGUUCGAUAGCGUUCCGCCUGCUGGAGCAUCCCGAAUGCAAUAUAUUCAAGAACUUCAGCCGCGACACCUUCAAUAACAUUCGCGAGGGCAUCAUCCGGUGCAUUUUGGCCACGGACAUGGCGCGUCACAAUGAAAUCCUCACGCAGUUUAUGGAGAUAACGCCCAUCUUCGACUAUAGCAACCGUGCCCACAUCAAUCUGCUCUGCAUGAUCCUGAUCAAGGUGGCGGACAUAUCGAACGAGGCGCGACCCAUGGACGUGGCCGAGCCCUGGCUGGAUCGCCUGCUCCAGGAGUUCUUUGCCCAGAGUGCCGCCGAGAAGUCGGAGGGAUUGCCGGUGACGCCGUUCAUGGAUCCGGACAAGGUCAGCAAGCCGGGCUCACAGGUCCGCUUCAUCGGACUCGUUCUCCUGCCACUCUUUGAGGCACUGGGCGAACUAGUGCCGGAGCUCACCGAGCUCAUCAUCAUACCCGUGCGCAUUGCCCUCGAGUACUACAGGCGCCUCAACGAUGCGCAGACAAAAGCACGCAAAUCGGUGGCGGACAGCAAUACGUCCGCGACCUCCGACAGCAACAGCGGCACCAUCGAUUCCAAUGCGGCGAUGGUCAGCACUCCGGGCGGCGCCAGCGAUAAGCUCAGCUUGGACAAGGGACUGGGCAAUUCGCAGGGCUCCGGCGCCGCUGGAGGAGGUGGUGGUGGUGGUGGUGGUGGAGGAGGAGGUGCCGGAGGUGGUGGCACUGGAUCGGGAUCUGGCGGAGGCGGUGGCGGUGGCGGUGGCAGCAAUGCCGCUGGCAGCGUAUCGCCGCAAAUGCCGCGCUCCGGAUCCGGGAUCAGUGUGAAGUCGCGACGCAGCAUUCCAUCGCAAAAGUCCGCCUCGAGGACGUCCGUGGAUGAGCCCGGAGGAAUGGCGGCGGAGCUGCACGAUCUGCCGGAGGGCAGCGAGAGCGGUGACUCGGAAACGGCCACCGAAGUUGAUGUGGCCGAGAAGACGUCCAAGUUCAAGGUGGACACCGAGGGCAGCAGCAAUCGGAGCAAGUCCUCGCACUCCACCUCCCGCAAGUCCUCACGCGAGAAGCGCCCCUCGAUGAUUGGCGAACUGUGCAGCAGCGGCGGUGGCCAGCGCAUUCGGAACUCGUACGGCAACAUCCAUGGCUAUCACAGCAAUCGCUGUCACUUUGGCAACAAUCGGGCGGUCAGCUUGGAUCAGUAUAGCAGCGCCGGUAACAAUCGCCGCCUGUCGGAUGGCCUGCCGCAGGUGAUCUCCGACAGCAAUGUUUUCUACGGCCGCCACAAUCGUAGCAGCACGGAGACCACUGGCGCCGUCGGUGUGGUUGUUGGCAUACCGCAGGACACCAAUGCGAACACCAAUCAUCCGGUCGGUUGUCAGCUGAAGGAGCUAUUGGCCCGCACCGAGGCGGACUCGGAGGGUGAGGACGAUGGCAAUGGCAGGGAGGACAAGAAGAUUCCGCUGGUCAUACCGCAAUCGAUGCCGCAGCUGGCCACAUCAUCGAAUGGUAACAUAUCGCCGACACUGGUGGUCACCGAACAAAUCCUGCCCAGCAACGGCAGCACACGGAGCAGCGGCAGCAGUGGUCGCGGCGCUGCCGGAAUACCUGGUGGAUCGGGUGGCGCUGGAAUGCCGGGACCAUCGGCCGGUACUGGUGGUAGUUCCUGGAAAUCGAGACUACGCCAAUUCUCCGAUUACUUUAGCUUCAGCUUCGAUAAGAGCAACAAGCGCUUCGGCAGCACACGCAGUAGUCCCUGUCCCGGUUCCAAUUCCAAUUCCAGUUCGGGACGUGCUAACAACAAUGCCAAUGGCUUGGGUGAAAAUCAGGACGGAUUGGGAGCAGGCGGUGCCAUAAAACCGGGCAUGUGCUGCACCACCAUUACCAAUAGCACUGGAUCCCCCGUUAAAGUGGAGGCGAGAGGUGGCACCGCAGGCGGCGGUACUGUGACCACCAUGACCACCACCGGAAAUGAUGCCCAUCAGCGCCAUCGCGCCUACAGCCUGGAUGUGCCCGGCAUGAUGAGAUACUCCUCCAACGACAGCAGUCGCCAUCCCAGCAACAAUACGCUUCAGAGUGCGGGCGGCGGCGGCGUUGCUGGCCUGACCACCGGAUUAGAGGUCACUGCCCAACGAGUGCCGCCCAGUUUGAGCGUGGAAAUGGGCCUGGCCAGCGGCUCAUCAUCGGAGGCGGGCCCAAAGAUUUGACAACAGGGGAGCACCAGGGUGGAUGCGGUUGCCAUUAGCAAGGGCUAUGACGGGGCCGUUGAGCAACGGGAGGAGGGCGAUGAGGACGUGCAGGAUGACGAUGACGACGAUGAUGGCCGCGAGGAGCACCGCCAGCUGCAGCGGCAUCAUCAUCAUCAUCAGCAGCAGCAGCAGCAGCAGCAGCCGGACGCCUCGUCCAGCUGCGAGGUGUCCUCCAUGUCGAUGACCGUGUGGUCGGCGAUUGGUCAGCGUUUGAACGCCCUCGUCUGCCAUUGCUGCGAACGCAAAUUACCGGAACCAGAAAAUGUCUAAGUGGGUGGAUAGUACCCAACACCCAACACCCAACACCCAUCACCCAUUCAAGAUGCAAUCAAAUGCUUGACCCUCUGCCCCCCCCUCAACUUUAGCAGCUGGGAUUUCCUUGGCUUUCACACUCGUUGGCUUCGCCUGGUAGCUUAGGUUUUAAAUUUAACUCGUAGCAAACUACAUUAGAUUUCCACAGAUUUUACUCUCUUGUUUUGUUUUUUUUUUUUUAUUAAUUAUUAUUUUAAAUUUCUCUUGUUACCUUUUAAGUAUUUUUAUUUAUGUACAUGCGCAUACACACACAAAUAUAUAUAUAUAUACAUCUAUUAUUAUUCUUAAUCGAAUUUGCUGUUUGGGCACAAACAACUACGAGCUGCAUAUUUAGCACAUAAGCAGGCUUCAUAAUAAUGCCAUAAACAAAAUUCAAAGCAUUCCAAAAAAGAUCUUAGAAUGAAAUGCCUCACAUGCCAUCGAUCAGUAAAUGCAUUAACCUUGCAUUAACAUUGUCACAGGCAACUUUCCCAUCAUGUUGAGAAUGGAAAUGGAAGAUAACUAACUUUGUUAACUCAUUUGAGUGCGAUGCCUGGAAUUUCUCGUAAAUAGCUGCAUGGCAGCAUCAAUUUCCCGUGCCACCGAGCUCUCAGAAAAUCAACAAUGCGUUGAGUCCAGAACUUGUAGACCACCAAAAACGUUUGGGGCCUUUCGUUUCGCUGUCAUGUGAAAUUCACGUCUAAUUAAGCAAAACAAAUUUCGCCCAUUGGAAUGCAUGGUAUUUUAGGUACAUCAUCGAUGUAUGCAACAGGCAUGGUCGCCGGUUUUAUCCAAUGUUGAUUCGGUCCCAGUCGACUAAUUCCAUUUGCUUGCAGCUCGUUGCCGUUCACUCACGCUUUUUGCCCAAUUUUUUUGUUCGUUUGGUUCGAUUUUUGCACGUGGGAGGAAAGUCGAUGCAGCGCGAUGCCCGCAGGAGCAAUUUCCAUGGCCAGUCGAUUGGAUUCUGCAGCUGCAGCUGUUGAUGUUGCUGCUGUUGCAGUUGCUGUUGCAGUUGCAGUUGCAGUGAGCGCUGCUGCUGCUGCUGCUGCGGGGGCAUUGGUGUUGCUGAUGACGCUGAUGGCAGCACUCAAUUAGAAGGCACCGUGGGAGCUGUCAUUCUUUCGAUUAUGCACGAUUUUUCCGGCUGCUAAAAACGUUUCUAAAAAUGAGAAUCCUUUGGGAGGUGGUGGGCCUGCAGAAAACAACACAAAAAACACAAAUAUCAAUUUGCAUUCGAUAAAUGGAAACGAUUGAGGCCAACUGCAUUCACAUAUCCCAGAAAAAUGCAGAAAAUCUGAAAAAAAACCCAAGUUAAUUCUAAUCAAUGUACAUUUCUGUAUGUAAUUAUGUUACAUAGUUAAAAACACAGACACACACACACACACAGCAACACGAAUGCAGAGCAAUGCAAAAAUGAUUGCAUACUUUGCAGGGCGACCUCUGAUUGGCGAAGAUGAAACUUGAAUUCAAUUAUGAAAUGGCAGCGCAGAGAUAAAUAGAAAAGGAGCAGAAUUAAUGAAAUAAUUAUGAAUGUAUUAUGCAGAGGCGAGACCAAGCUGGUCCUUGGAUACAGAUAAAGCUAUAUUAACUGAAACAAAUAAAAAGAGUUGCAUUUUUUUUUUGAAUGUGUGUAAUUAAGUGAGCACUAAUUGAGCGUUCAAUUCGAUGAAGGUGUUAAGAGGCAUAUUUAUUCGGUGUACAUUUGGAUGUCUAGCGAAUCGCAGCAAAUACUCUUUACUAAUUGUGCAUUGUAAUUGCAAGCUGCAGCAUAUAUGUAUGUACCUAGAUGUGUACGUGUCAUUUUCUCUCUAAGUUUUGUGUACGUUUGUUGUAGUGCGUAAGUAAUAAAGUACUAACUAUAUAUAUAUAUAUAUAUAUGAAUAUGAAUAUACAUAUGUAUAUAUAUAUACAUAUAUGUGUGUAAACCAGAACGCAUCAGUGAAUGCCCAGCUAAGUAAUUCUCUGCGUGUGGAUUUCCGCUCGUUGUGUGUUUUCUGUAGUUAGACUUGAGACUAGCAACCUAAUUAUAAGUUUAUCGAAUGUAUUCGUGUAUGUACCUUCCAGUCCCCGCACUUCAAACAGUUUUCUGUUGGUGGCCCUGCAUAGACUGAGCAGGACACACUAUACAUAUAUACUAUGCUACACAUGGCGCCCGAACAGGGACCGCAUGGUAUGGCACUCAGAUAAACAAGCUAGCAAAAUGGAAAAUGAUAACAAGAAAAAUUCCUUUGACGGCUAACUCCUAGAUGUAAGAAUCUACCUAAACAAACCACUCGAAAUUAGCUAACACAUCAAAUUGAUUUGUUGCCUUAUGAUACUACAACUACUACAACUACUACUGUGCUGCAUUACAGCUGUGUGAGUGAGUGCUCCGCGACGGAAAACUUCACUUUUCCACAAUUGGUCACAGCGUUUUAUAUUGUCCAUGCCACCAACUUCCCUUGUUUGAAUGACAAAACAUAAAGACUAAAACUUGAAUUUAAACAAAAUCGACAAAACAAAAAAAAACAAAAAAUAUGAAAAAACCAAACAAAAGAACUUUCCAACAAAACCAACUAUACAUAUAGAUACAAAUAUAUAUAUAUAUAUACAUAAAUAUUUAUCUUAAAGAUACUACAACUACAAAAGUCGUAAAAAAGAACUCUAGGUGUUUUACAAAUGCAUAAAACAAAAAAAAAAAAUAAAUGGCAACUAAACCCAAAAACCAAAACCCAAACGUAAGCCAUUUCAAGCAUAACUAAACUAGUUUAGAGCCCGAGCAAAAAAGAUGGCAAGGCAAGUCAGAUGUUGGCCAAAACCCAAUAUGGAUGAACAAAUUUGACAGGCCGAAAAUAUUAAUGUCCUUGCAAUGGAUCAACAGAUAUCGAUAAUUAACUCUUUUAAGUCAAUUCAAAGUAUUUAAAAAAAAAGAAAAGAGAAUCCCAAAUAAAUGGCUGACAGUUUUUAACGAUUGACUUACUUGCUACAUUGCAUUAAAAAAUAUUUCAAUAAGUAAAGACAAUAGGUGAAUACGCAUUAAUAUAAACCAAAAUAUAUAAUAGAUGUUUACUACUUUGGAUCAUGUUUUCCCUAAAAGUCAUUUCUUUUAAGUCCGACUACAAUUUUGAAAUCAUCUCAAUUAAUAAAUUAAGAAUUAGAUUUUAUUAAAUUGUUUUCUAUGUUGUCAAAAUAAUGCAAAAAGUACACAAAAUAUAAUGCGAACAAAAUAUGAAAUGAUUUGCCUGUGAGUGUAUAACAUUAGGAUAUCAUAAUUCUGUUAUCGGUACGAUUGCCAAACAUUCAACGAUUGACAGCUACACUACUUACAUACAUACAUAUAUAAUAUAUAAAACUCUGAUUGAAUCGCCAAUGAGCAUUGCAGGGGCAUUCCUAACGUUUUUCGGCAAUCACGUAACUAUUUAGCGUAAUUUUUGGCAGUCAAUUAAAUGCUUCCCCCUUCCCAAAGUUGGUUGAAUGUUAAAUAUGGGAGAGACACAUCGGAUGCGAUCCGAUAGCGAUAGAUAGAACGAGUUCCAAAAACACAAAUGCUUGUUCGGACCUAAUCAAAUAUUUAGACAAGGAUAUGAGCAAUUUGGACCAACUUGACUAAACCCCUACACAAAACCCUUGAUUUCCGAAAGAAACCCCUGCAGCAACAUAUUUGUGUAUAAAUGUAUGUGCAAAAACGAAAACGAUUCAGUAUGUGUACAAACAUAACACACACGCAGACACACCAACACGGACACAGAUACAGAUACAAAUACAGAAGUCUUAGUGUGCAGUUCAACGUAUGUAACAAUCUCGUAGGUCUAAACCAUAACUACCUGUCGACUUGCCGACCUAGAUUGAGAUCAACAAUAUCAGCUUAAAAAAACGAAGAGCGGAUUUGACGAGGACCUAUGAUCCUAGGAACAGUGGGAAAUGGAACAAAAGAAACACUGAAAACGGAACAGGAACCGCAUGCAUCUUACUUUAUACUUUUCUACGUGACUUACAACUUGAGCCGGAGACGACAAACAACUAGAAAACUAUAAAAAAUAAACUUCCUAAACGGUUUCCACUAAAACACAAGCCUAUCACACGCCCUAAAAUCCACGCACACACACGCAGCUUUGUCAAUGAGAAAAUUCCUUUCAAAAGAAGUAAAUUUGUCUACAAUCUUAGUGUGACCCUUCACAGCGACGAUGUGACCAAGUGUGCAUCUGAUUCAAAUGCGGAAAGCUUUCUGACUUGAUGGUCAACCAAUUCUUAAUUAUUUCUUAAUAAUUUAAACUUUAAACUCAUUGACUCAGUCUGUCGUAUAACCAAAUGUCCAGGCAAGGCAUCCAACCACCGAUAAUGGACCACACCCUGCACCAGAUAGAUAACCCGUAAUAACCCCCAAAACCCAACUGCUUAACCCUUGAAAGCCUUGACCGUCACAUCUAAACUUGGUAAAACGCGUUACAUCUACAAAACUAAGAAAAAUGCAACUAAUAUAUGUGUAAUUACUAGUGACCCUCCUGAACAACUGACAAAGCCUUUACUCAAAGAAAACACACACAAAAAAUACAAAGACUACAAUUUUAAUAUACAAAAAACAAAAACAAGAGAAUCGAGAUCUUUAAGCGAAAUUUUAAUCAAGAUGAAUGUAAGAGAGAUCCUUGAACAGCGUUCUUCGGCAGGCCGAAGUUUAGAUGCUCUUUCAACGCCCACACACACAUAUGAACUAAGGAAAGAUCUAUUAUAUAUACAUAUAAGCCUGGCCGCUUGCUCUUCAGUGUACUGGAACUGUGUGUGUUUUUUUUUUUCUCACCUCUCAUGUUGCAGGACUUUUUAAAAGUGAAGAGAACCAGAAAAAGAACAAGAAAACAGAGGUACUAGAGAUACCCUUGCAAAUUAGCGAAAAAACCCCCAAACAAAAAAAAAGAUCCUCAAAAACUAUCUUUUGCAGGGGCAUCAACAAGUUAUAUAGUAUAUUUUCAAAUUUUAUGUCAAUGAAUAGAAAUGGAUAUAUACAUACACAUAUAUAUACACAUACCAAAUAGAAUCAUAAAUAUAUACAUAAAAAAUAGUUAUAAUUUGUAAGUAACAACCGAGAACAGAUCAUCAGCAAGCUAAAUAUCUCUAGGAUAUUUCUGCACACAAAUACGAAAUGCGACAGCAACACACACACACAACACCCAAAAGUAGUUGAAUUCUUUACGAUGAUCAAGUAAUAUGGAUCAGGAAAUAUUAUCUCAGCAAAAGAGCAAGCAUUGUGUGUAAAUUAAACAAAUUCCCCCCCCCCUUCCCCCUCACAGACCCGAAAUAUCCCACAGAAAAUAUCCCUCUCAACAUCCAAAAGGCAAGUUAUACAGUGCAUAUGCAUAUACAAGUAUAGAAACCAACCAAAGAGCAUGAGAAAAACAGAGAAAAACAAAGCGCUAUGCAAAUUCUAUGUGAAGUAAUAGUUAAUAUAUAUAUAUAUAUAUAUAUACAUACAUACAUACACACCUAUAUACAAGCCGAAAAACAUUUAGAUGUAAAAAGCUCGUGGCACCUUCCCUCUUAAAUAAACAAAUCAAAUAUCGCUGAGUAUCCCACGCAGAACAGUCAAAACAUGGGUGUACAACUAAUAAAUCAGCUAAGAAACGAGAAAUUCAAUGAAACUUUCCCGAAAAUGCAUUUAAAUGGUAAACAAAUAUUUAAAUGAGAUAACUCAACUUGUAUUUAACACCUAGUUAUGUCCAACUCAGAUUAAUGGCAUACAAAGACAACCACAUGCAAAAUACAAACUACAAAAUACAAAACACACAGACAGACAGACAGACUGCGAUGCAAAAGGACUACUCAAGGACACACCAAUACCAAUAGAAGAACCACAGCCUACGAGACAAACACAAACACACGGACACAAUCACACACACACAAGUAUUUUUGUGUAAAAGUAUAAAACAGAAAAUAUGAACUAAUGAAUGAAUAUGAAAUAUAUUGAAAUAAAAUCAUUUCCAAACUAC